UUAACGUCCUCAUAACACCAAAUACAUAUAAAACAACAUUACCGUCACACAAGUCAACCAACAUAGAUAAGUCAUAAAUAUAAAUAUUCUUAUACUAACCCUUUAAUUCAUAUACAAACACACAUAUUAUAUAACAAACCAUUAUUACAGUGGAACAUAAACGGGUAUCACAAUAACUUCAUUGAACUUGAAAUCCUAAUAAAGAUGUAUAAACCCUCCAAUAUACUUCUAAACGAAACUGACCUUGCCCACAAUUCCUCUGCCCCACCCCCAAAUCCUACGUAGGGCACUUCCACAACCUACCUCACAUAAUCUCAAAGAAACAAGGAAUCACCAUUCUGGUUAAGAGAAACCUUCCCCACCACCCCCUUCCUACCCAAUCUAAUAUAUCCUCACUAUCCAUAGAACUUCAAACCCCCAUCAGAAUCACAAUAACUUGCGCUUAUUCCCCGCUAAGUCAAUCAAUAACUACAGCUGACUUUUACAAUCUUUUCCCCUCCCCUCCCCAACCCUUUAUCCUUGCAGGCGACUUUAACGCUUGGAGUCCGCUCUGGGGAUCUGCCUCCUAUAAUCAGAGAGGACAUUCUAUAGAAACUGCCAUCCUCUCCUCCAACUGCAUCGUACUAAACGACGGCUCCCCCACCCACUUCUCAACCCACUCAACCUUUACUCAUAUUGACCUUACGCUUUCCUCUCCCUCCCUUUCCAACAACUCAUCAUGGGACGUUAUAGAUGACCUUCACAGCAGCGAUCACUUCCCGAUCCUCAUCAAAAUUCGCACAUCCCGACCCACCAUUCCCUUCUCUCCCAUGAUCAAAUUUAAAACAGAUAGAGCAGAUUGGAACAAAUUCGAAAGCGCAUGCGACUUCUAUUCCAAAUCCUUCCCAACAUCUUCCAACAUCAACCAAGAAAUCUCCAAUAUCCAUAAAGCAAUCCGCUGUGCAUCCAACGUCUCCAUCCCUCUGUCCUCAACCAAACCAGUAAAGCCAGCGCCCCUAUGGUGGAACAACGAAAUUGCGUCCCUUAGGCAAGCCAAACAACAAGCGUGGYACAACUUCAAACGCAACCGGUCCACCACAACUCUCAUUCAAUUCAAAAAGCUAAACGCGCAAUUUCGCCGGAAAAUCAAAGAUGCUAAGCUCGACUGUUUUCAAAAAUUUACUAGCAGCAUCAGUGCGUCAUCCGACCCUAAAAAAAUCUGGGCUGACAUAAAAACACUCACCGGUUUACCCUCUAAUCCCCAAAUCUAUUCCCUUAACACCUCUCAUGGCAAUCUUCUAUAUCCCCAGGAUAUAGCUCAAGAAUUCGUCAGUCACUUCUCUAACGCCUCUUCUGACCAAACCUUCCCCCCCGAAUUUAUCGCCUCUAAACGCUCACAAAUCCUCCAACAUCGUAUCACACUAACCACUCUCUCUCAUUCAGCCAAACUUUUAGAAGCCGACAUAUCUCUUUUCGAACUUCAACUCGCCCUGACCGCAGUAAAAGGCCAGACACCCGGCAUCGACAAAAUAUCCUAUCCCAUAAUUAAGCAUCUCCCCAGAUUACUCCUUCACCGUCUCAUCAAGUAUUACAACAAUAUCCUCAACACAGGCCUCUACCCACACGCGUGGAAAACCAGCACUAUAAUACCCCUCUUAAAAUCUGGCAAAUCCCCCUUGCGUAGUGAACAGCUAUCGACCAAUUUCCCUUCUUCCCUGCCUAGGUAAACUAAUGGAGAAGAUAAUUGCUACCAGACUAACCUGGUACGCCCACUCAAGCCAACUUAUCUAGCACAACCAAGUAGCCUUCAAGAAGGGACAAGGCACCACAGAUGCCCUACUACACCUUGAUCAUUUUAUCUCAAACGCGCUCUCCAGCAAAAACCAUGUUUCCCUCCUUUCCCUCGACUUUCAAAAAGCAUUUGAUCGGAUUGGAACUGCGGUAGUACUAAGACAUCUCGACAAAUGGAAGAUCGGCCCCAAAAUGUACAAUGUUAUAAAAUCAUCUCUCUCAAACCGAAAAUUAAGUGUACUUAUAUCCAACACCCGCUCUUCCAUUUUUCCACUCGAUAAUGGCACCUCGCAGGGCUCCCCCUUAUCAGUCAUCUUGUUCAUUAUAGCCUUCAAUGAAAUUAGCGACAUCUUUAACAAGUUCCCAAACAUCGAACACCAAACAUACGCAGACGACGUUUUGUUGUUUUUCAAAUCUAAUGAUCAAAUAGAUGUCAUGAGGACCUUUUCCAAAAUCCUACGCCUAUUAUCCACAUGGUCCCUCUCCUCAAUUUGUCCCAUUAAAACCAAAAUGCUCCAUAUAUGCAAAAAACGAUCCUGCAAUUCUCCUUCAUUUACCUUCAAUCGUGUAAAUAUUGUAUGUACAGAUAAUCUUAAGUUUCUCGGUAUUGUAUUCGAUCCCAAAUAUUCCUUUCAACAGCACCGUAAAUACGUUAAGGAAAGACUCUAUGUAAAGUUAAACAUUAUUAAGUACUUAUCAAGCAAACGCUCGCUGAUUAGUUCGGCUCCGUUGAUUGGUUGACAAACGCCCUCAUCUUAUCAACCAUCAACUACGGCAYWGAAAUCUAUGGAUUACACGCUAAACAAAACUUAAAGAUGAUCGCUGCUCCCUACCACGCCGCAGUGCGAAGAUUCAUACGCGCAUUUCCAACGUCACCCAUAAAAAAUAUCCUGGUCGAAUCGGGUUUGCCGGCUCUUCACGACAACAUGGAAGACAAAAUAUUCAGGCUCUAUUCAAGGCUCACUCUAAGCCCCAAUCCUCUUGUCCGCAAAGACUUCCAAUCUGCCGCCUCACGGGUGUCCACUUCUAAACAACCCUCGCAAAUCAUAUUGAACUGCCGAUCAAGCAGCACAUUCCGCGGUACACUCAUCACCCCCCCUGGGCGGAAAGCAAAACAUCCUUCAUUAAUGACCUAGCCUCCUUGCGGAAAGAUAGCACACCAAACACCGUUUAUAUAGCCAAGUUUUCCGAAACAAUCGCACAUUAUAUAUCCAACGGCUGGCAAUUGAUUUUCACGGAUGGAUCGAAGGCCUCACACACCUCCUAUGCUGUGGUAACGGAAAAUCAAGUAGUUGUCGCGUACGGCCUCCUUUUYUCAUUCUGCUCUAUUUUCACCGCCGAAGCAACCGCUAUAUUCCACGCUGUUCAAUACUCUGCCAAAACCAAGGGUAAACAUAUAAUAUGCACCGAUAGUAUGUCAUGUUUCCAAGCUAUACAAAACCACAACAAAUCAGGCAGUAUCAUCAAAAAUAUAAAAAACACACUUAUUUCCUUUCCGGGCAAGAUCAAAAUCAUGUGAACACACUUGCAGAUACCAUCGCCAAAGAUAUUUCCGUCACACCAACAAUCACAUCCGAAGUCAUCCUACCUAGCGGCAUAUACCGACUAAUUCAUAGUCAGAGGCAAACAAAGUUAUUACGUGAAUGGGCGGAUUAUAAUCACCAUUAUUCGGACAUUAACCCAAACCGAACAAAACCUGUAUACACAACAUCGAUACCUACCAGCCACAUCACCCUCUACACACGCCUCCGAAUUGGGCACACCAUAAUUACCAACGCGCACUUAUUAUAGGGCAUUAGAUCCAACACCUGCCCCUUCUGUCAAGCAACAGUCAGCGUGCAACACCUACUGGUAUCCUGCCCAGAACUAUUGUUAAUGGACGCCACAGAAGAAAAUAUUAGCAAAAUUUACAAAUUUCUAAAGGGCACAGACCUACUCCGUCGUAUCUGACUCAACCAGCCAGCCGAAAGCCUCUGCUGCUAGCGCUGCGUUUGCUUUAGUUUAGAUAAUAAUUAAUUAUUAUGUAAGCUUUGUAUAAA